AUGGCUUCAAAAUCAUCUAAGCCCCCGUUCUUUAUUCUAGCAGGCGAUAGUACAACUGCAAAGCAGAGUUCGAAUGGUGGUGGGUGGGGAGACGGAUUUUUGAACACAACCUUGUUCAAUGCAGCAUCUGGUCAAAACUAUGGCCAUAACGGGGCCACCACAGUCAGCUUUCGUGCUGGUGGAGAUUGGGAUAAUGUUUUGGCAACGAUCAAAACUGCUAGUACUGAAUAUCGCCCGUUUGUGACCAUUCAAUUUGGCCAUAAUGAUCAGAAGCCAGCAGCCAAUAUUUCGAUCGCUCAGUAUACGGAAAAUCUGGAAAAGUUUGUGGCAGAGGCUAGCGAUGCCGGAGCCACGCCAAUUCUUGUCACGCCAUUGUCUCGUCGCAAUUAUGAUAAUUCUACCGGAACCCCGAAGAUUAUUGAGAGUCUGUCUAAUGAGACAGCAGCCACGAUUACUGCCGCUCAUAAUACAAGGGCUAAUUUUAUCAAUCUGAAUAAAGCUAGCACUGACUAUCUCAAUGCCAUCGGACCGCAAAACGCCUAUACUUACAAUCUGAAUGCAGCUGACUAUACGCAUCUUAAUGUUGAAGGGUCAGUUGUCUUUGGAGGCAUAGUGGCCGAGCUAAUUGGACGUGAAUAUCCCAAAUUGGAACAUAACGGGUUUCUGCACGUGAAAAAAGAGUUGAAAGAUGACGUGGAAAGGGGCAUCUAUUACUGGCCAGCAUAA